AUGGGGGAGGAAUGGGGAGUGGGCCUCAGGGACUCGCACAGACAGAAAGAAACGCAGCAGCAUAGCUGCCACUUGACGUCGGUUUCCAAAGUAACAAAUGCUAGCUAUGUCUCACCUACAGCUAAUCUGAAGCUGUUGACUAAUGUCGCAUUACAAUAUCCCACGCCUCCACCCAGUACAGUACAUCGAAAAGAAAAAUCUUUACAAAUACUAUGCGAUAAAUUUCUUAACCUAUUUCCUCUGCAAUGCAGUGGUACGAUGAAAAUACAAUUGGACAGUACUGCAGCUAGACUAGGUGUAGAGAAACGCAGAAUGUAUGACAUUAUUAAUAUAUUAGAAGCAAUGAAAUAUGCAGUUCAUGAAAAGAAAAAUACUUACCUUUGGCAUGGAGAAUCCGGCCUAAGUUCUUUUUUAAAACUGCUCAAGAAACAAGGGGAAAAUCUACGCUUGUCCGAGGCGUUAAGGGGCAAAGCUCCUAAACCGCCUCCUCCUAAACAUAAGACCCUUGGAGUAUUGGCUAAAAGGUUUUUGAUGCUUUUUUUAGUAGAACCACCAAAUACUCUCAUAAAUUUAGAGAUGGCUGUGAAAGUACUUAUAGACACAUCUAACAGAAAUAAAACUGAUCUCUCACCAGAGCAGCUUGACCGUCAACAUAAAUCUAAAGUGCGGAGGCUAUAUGAUAUUGCUAAUGUAUUUAUAUCAAUUGGUCUCAUUGAAAAAGUUUCUGGUAGUUUAAUAUUAAAGAAACCAGUGUUCAAAUAUGUAGGACGAUAUAAAAUUAAUAAAACCAAUGAGGCUGCAUUCUUGACUUCCUCACCAAUAACACCACUUACAGCUUUAGAUACUCAGCAGAAACUAACCCCAUGCCAUGUAUAUGCUGGUCGAUCUAAGCGAAAAUUGGAAUUUACUACACCCAGUUAUGAAGCUAAGCUAGGUGUCACGACCCCUCCACACACACCAUCCCACAAGUGGGAUGAAAUUUUGCUUGUAGCUGACAUGGAACUGAAUAGAAUUAACAAAGGAUUUGUGUUG